UGCUGUUAACUUCAACUUGGAAGUAAAUGUCCGCAUUUGUCACCUUUGCAUAUACCCAGCACAACCCACGGUCUAAUUUAUAGUUUAAUCCUACUAUAUUUUCGUUGAGCAAAACGUUCUGCCAAUAUUUGCUGCGCUUCUUCACCUGCUACGUGUCGUAUCGAGAGAAAAAAGCCAAGAUGCCAAAAGGUAAAUAUGUUAACCACAAGGGACGCAACAGGAAGUUCACCAGUCGCGAAGAGCUGGAACAGGAAAAGAAGGAGCUCGAGGAGAAGAUGUGGAGGAAACGGAGGGGAGAAGUUGUUGAUACUGAUGAAGACUCGGAUGCCUCAGAUAAUGAUGGAACCUCAGAAUCUGGUAGUGAGGAGGAAUCCAGCGAAGAUGAGGAAAACUGUAAAGCGAAAGGUGUAUCUAACUUAAUAAAAAUAGAGAAUCCUAAUAGAGUGCAGAAGAAAUCAAAGAAGUUGACGACGACGACGAAGACCACCGAACUGGAGGAGAAACCAGAGUUGUCGAGGCGAGAAAGGGAGGAGAUCGAGAAGCAGAAGGCUCAGGCCCACUACCAGAAGCUGCACGCCGAGGGUAAAACGGAUCAGGCUAGAGCAGAUCUGGCCCGAUUAGCCAUCGUCAAGCAGCAGAGGGCCGAAGCAGCUAAGAGGCGUGAAGAGGAGAAGGUGCAGAAGGAGAACGCCGCGAAAGAGAAGGUGACCCAAGUGAAUCGGGCGCUGGGUAAGAAGAAAUAGAAGCGCGGAGAGAAAGAUAUUUACAGAUUUUACAAAUCACCACCAUUCUGCAAAAUACAAAAACAACAACAAACUUGAAGUUUCUCUCUCUUUUUUUUUUUUUAACUAUGAUUUUCGAUUA